ACGUUCAUUUCAUUUUGUAAUAAUAUUUUACUAAUGACAUGAUUAACAUAAUGACAUUACUAUUUCCUAUUAGAUUAUUUCAUUCACUUCCGUUUUUAGGGUCAUCAUUCGAGUCAACAUACAAAAUUCUUCAAUCUUUUCUUAAAAUUUCGGUAAAAAAAUAAUUAAAUAUAAACUUACUGUCGCAAUGAAAAAAACUUAAAUCAUGACUACAGGCACCGGGAUAUAUCACUGGAAACUUGGCGAUAUCGCCAUGGCCCGCUUAGCCCAAAAAGUUUACUGUAAGGUUAAAGUUAUUAAAAAUGAAAAGGGUUUAUUCUACGCUGACAGAGGUAAACAACACAUUCCGUAGACGUAGAGUUGAAGAGUUGUGCUUGGCUUGUUCAAUCCGUAUUACUAAGACAUGACGUUGCAACAGCGCCCCCUAAUGGAGAUAUGUGACACUAAGCUCUUGGUAUUUCUGCCAAUGAAGAUGAUACCAUCAAUGUGACAUGGCAACUGUGUUACUUUGUGGAGACCUGCCGGACUAAACACAAGAUGUGGCUUCCAUACACUUGUAUGCAUUUGGCUGAACGUUCCAGACCAUUCUAUGGGCCUUUGGCACCUAAACCUUCGCCAAAAAGAACUUCACCCACUGACAAAGCUAUCGCCCCAAGAAAGAGGAAAAUAAAAGAAGACGUCACCCUCCCUCUGAGCGUCAAACUUACCAAUCUCAAAGAUCCAGACUUUAACACGACAUACGACAUGAGGCAUGUACCAUUAAAACAAGGGAAGUACGAAAACGCAUUCAGCGAAUUUGUUCGUAGAGGGAAAGAAAUGAUUUUCGACGAAUACUUCUUUGCUAUAAAAGCCGAUCCUGUUAAUAAUAAAGAUGUUCUUGAGUACUUGAUGAAUGUGGACGCUAGCACUGAAGAUAAAGUGGAAAUGGUGAUAGAAAAAAUAGCAACUGAAAAAGAGAUUGAAAAUUAUUUACAUCAGUGUUGGAGGUACAACUUCGUACACAAAAUGGAUACUACUAAGGAUAAUUCAGAGAACAACUCCACAUCUCCAGUUAAGGCACCAGUGACCGUCCACAUUUCCUGGUGCCUGGUCUGCGGGAAGGGAGACAAACUCCGCGACUGCCCGAACUGCCCCUCAUCAUUCCAUCUGCCUUGUAGGAGGGAGUGGCUGGUGAAUAUUUUGCAUCGCAAAAAUCCGCCCCAAAAGCCGCAGAAGCCGACCACAGUGGUGCACAAGAUCCUAUCGAGCACGCGCACGAUCUGUUCGGUGCAGAAGAACAAAGAGAACAUGGAAUUGUGUCCCAGUUGCAUGUGGGGGCCUAAAGUCGGGUAUGACGACGUAGUGUGGCACAAGCUGGGCUCGUGUCCGUGGUGGCCGGCGCGGGUGCUGACGCCGGGCGCCACGCCGUCGUGUUUGUUGACGAGGACCCACUCUCCACAUCAAUGGCCGCUUAAAUAUUAUGGGACCCUGAACUACUCGUGGGGCGAGUCGUCCCGCACAUGCCUGUUCCUGCCGCAGCACGCGGGGGCCGAGGGCGUUCGCGACGAGACGCUGCGGCAAGCUGUACUAGACGCUUGCGACGACUACAUCGCUGUAUACCUCACUUAGCUGCUUAGCUGGAUAUAUCUAACUUCAAGGCUUGGAGAGUUUAACUCAAACCUUUUUGGUGGUUAGAAUGAUUCAUGACAGUUUUCAAAUAACCAUUCCAAUCUCAAUCUGGGAAUCAACCAAUCAAAAUCAUUCAUUUGUGCAUGUCAAAAAAUCUUUGUUCUGAUUGGUAAAUUUUUGAGAUAUAUCGAAAAAAGCGAUCGGGAUCGUUUAUUGAAAAUGGCUGUUAGAAGUUUUAAUUUCUCUUUAAAACGAAUGUUUAACUUAUUUAGAUGUAUAUGUCUAGUGCUAUAGUCUUUAACAAAGGCUUAAAGGGUUAGCACAGUCCAAACUUUCUAGGUAGAUUUUUGUCAUUAUUGAGUUGAAUUUUAACUCAAAAUCUACUUUCUCAAAAACGACGCCUAUAGGUUCUAGAUUGCACGUGUUCUAUGCUGUACGCAUGAUGUAUGCUGUACGUAUGUUGUAUGCUGUACGUAUGUUGUAUGUUGUAUGCUGUACGUAUGUUGUAUGUUGUAUGCUGUACGUAUGUUGUGUGUUGUAUGCUGUACGUAUGUUGUGUGUUGUAUGCUGUACGUAUGUUGUAAGCUGUACGUAUGUUGUGUAGAUUGACCAUGACUAGAUUGUAGUCUAUCACUUUACUUCCCUUGGCGUCUUCAGAUCAUUCCGUUUUAUAUUGAUUCUCUAAUCUUAGAAAAUUAACCAAAGGGAGAUAGCCAGUAGUAUGAUCAGGCAUCGACCACAUGACUUGCGCUUGCCCUCAAGCGAACACAUCAACACAGCAUGAUCACGAUAGUAUCUGAUUGAGCGCGAAUGAAUGAUUGAAUGAAUACACAUUUUAUACAUAAGUUUGACUUUAUAUUUUCAAAUAAUUUUAUCGCUUUUAAAUCAUGACGUAUAUUUUAAUUAUACCGCGUAAGAUAUAGAAGUUUUAGGACACAUGCGUAAUAUACACUUUUAAAAAUAUUUUUAAAAAAAUCCAUAAUAAUGUUUAUAAAGAUAAUUAAUGUCUUAAAAUUAAAAUGAUUCAAUAUCUAUUCUAAAUAUGUUUUAUUAACCAGACUGUAAAAGCACGAUAAAGCAUUGCAUAUCUUAAUUCCAUCUAAUCUAUAAUUAAAUAUGUAUUCAAGCAAUAUUUUAAUUUUAAUGACUGUUGACUUUAGAAGGUAAAAUUUCGUCAUAUUAAAUUUUAAAGGCCGAAAUAUCCAUGAUUAUUAAUUAUUUUUACGUUUUUCUUUCAACUGCGAGAACUAAUCACUAACUAGACGUGAAUUUAAAUUCUUUACUUGCCAAUACUUGUUUAGUUACCCAGAUUAAAGGUGAAACAAAAUGUAUGAAAAUGGACCUUGAGGUAUCACCUUAAGUCAGUUAAGUCAUAUGUCGCUUAAAUUAAUUAUUUAUUAUUCAACCGUCGAUAUUAUUACAAUAUUUUGUAAAAACUAUUUCGUUACGUACAUUUAUUUUAAUAAAUACUUGAAUAUUGUACUUCUUACCUAGAUUGUAUCUAGAUAUUUAAAUAUUUAUAUCAGCACCUAAGUGGAAUUAGGGGAAAACAAUAAAAAUUUAAGUACAUAAAUAAUAUUUUAGAAAAUAAAUACUUAUCACUCGUAAUUUAUUUGGUAAUCCGCUUUGUGUGUUAUGCAUCACGUUACUCAGAUAUAGACAAUCUUCGCCAUUUAUCUUUAUAUCAUCAAUGACGUAUGUUACAAUCGAUUUAAUUUUAUUAUACAACGCUGCAAAACCGUUUAAAAAUCGAUCAAUCAUAUUUUGACAGCGGCUAAUGCGGCUAGAUUAUUUGGUAGAUAAAAUUAAUAAUAAAAUCACCUUUAUCUAAAUUGUUAUUCGUAGAAAUAAUUUUGGAAAUUAAUAAAUCAAUAAUCAUU